CGGGUUCCCUGUAUGCGUUAUCUGCGUAUUGCGUUUAUGCAUAUGACCUUGGAACGAGACCGAUAUAAGUAAGCAAUCGGGACUGCUAUUUCCUAGAACUGCCUAAAACCAAACCAUUAAAGUUGCAGUGAAUUUUGUUCAUGUUUUAGCAAAUACGAACAUGUUAACAGUGACUGCAAAACAGGCGUCUUUAUGUGCGAACAAUCUGAUUCACGUCUGGCCACGUAGUUUUAGCGUCGCCGUUCGUGCCCUGAAUGACUCUAUCACAGGAAGACCGCUUGGACUGCGUGACCCUUCACCGUGUCAGGCAGCGGGGGCCUGCCGUCCAUACUCGCUGAUCACAGGCGGGCUGUCGAGGCCAUGCACGGCAAAAUUGACCUCUACCCGUACUGCUGGUAAAAAUAUUCUCGCUCAGCCUUUCAACUUAUCAUCAAGCUCCACAUUGAAACAGAGGUUUGUAAGCACCACCUCCCCACAGGAUGAAACAGCUGGAGAUAGUACGAAGCAAAAACCAAAGCUGGCUCCACACUUCAGAAUUUCAUCGGGUAAAACUUCUGCAGGUGACAUCCCGCACCCUAAGGCAACAACGGAUGAAGAUGAGAAUGGGGAAGACAGUAGGCGGUAUCUUCUGCCUCACCCAAUAUGGUCAGACAAAGAACUUCACAGUGUGGAGAUAACACACAAACCACCACAGGGCUUUGUUGAUUGGUUCGCCUACACCUGUGUGCAGACCCUCCGCUUCAGCUUUGACUUGCUGUCGGGCUACAAGAGGGGAGUUCGGACAGAGAAGAAAUGGCUCAUCCGUAUUAUCUUCCUGGAGACGGUGGCUGGAGUCCCUGGAAUGGUGGCCGCCAUGACGAGGCAUCUGCGUUCACUGAGACGAAUGCAACGAGACCACGGAUGGAUCCACACGUUACUUGAGGAGGCUGAGAAUGAGCGCAUGCAUCUGAUGACAGCCCUGGAGCUGAGAAAGCCUGGUCGGCUCUUCACUAUGGCCGUGCUUUUCACCCAAGGAAUCUUUGUGAACAUGUUCUUCUUGGCCUACCUGUGUAGUCCUCGUUUCUGCCAUCGGUUCGUGGGCUACCUAGAGGAAGAAGCCGUCAUCACGUACACCAAACUCAUCCAGGACUUGGAUAAUAAAAAGCUUUUGGUCUGGGGGAACAUGGCCGCUCCGGAUCUUGCCAUCAGAUACUGGAAACUGAAGCCCGAUGCCAACAUGCGGGAUAUGAUUUUAGCCAUCCGCGCUGACGAAGCCCAUCACAGGAAGGUCAACCACUUUCUGAGCGACCUCAAACCCGACGACAGCAAUCCCUUCCCACCGGGACAAUGAAGGGACAGAUCGACUGUAAUCCCUCUGGACUUGAAUUAGGUUCCUCCCCCAUGGAAUAUUCAUUGGUGGUUGUACACAGGGGAAAUUAAGUAGCAAAAGUAACUAUGCCUUUCACCUAGUAUCUCCGCUGUCUACUGAAUGGAAGGCUAAUAACAAGUCAGCUUGACAUGCCAACUGCAUGUAUUUAUGCAAACGUCAAAAUGUGACAGAUUCCUUUUCAAUGGUUUAGUGUAUAUGAGCUCACAUGUACGCAGCCUUCAAACUACACGUAGCAAAAGUUUUAGUAAUGCAUUCCAAGUACAAUGAGAACUUAUAACUUGACCAAUUGUAAAUUAAAUAUUUAUUAUUGCACAAAACAAUUACUUUUUGUCAACACGGUUUUCCCCUUUAUAUGUACAUGCAUUUAUGUUCUGUUGAAGUUGAAAGUGGCAAGUUUGGAUGCAUUCAUCCACACUUGGAAGACACAAGUGGUUUACUUACACAGUUUCAAAUCCCACCUUUUUUGUCAGUUAUUAGAUUAGAUUCAGUGUACGAUCAUGACUUGUGAAAUUGAGCAACUUCAAAAACAAUUCGUACAAAAGUAUUUUAUGAUGGUUGUCUACUGAAAAAAUGUUAAUUUUCAUUUUGUUACAUUUCUGAGAUCAACAAGCAAAGUGUUUCAUCAGUGUCGUAAUAACCCAGUCAUAUAAGAGUUUGUCUUUAAAAAAAUUAUGUAUUGCAUCUAUCCAAAUGUGAGGCAUUAAAUGACGUGAAACUCCAGAAUCCAUUAAGAAUGGUGCAGUGUUAAAAUAUCCAGUCACUGAUUAAUCCUAAACAGUUCUGAAAGGAUGUCAACUAUUAACUUCUCCCUGGAUAGAUUGCUGAAUGUCGGGAAGAUCAAAAGGAAUUGGCUAAGAGCAAUACCAUUAUAUGCUGGAUUCAGAGCUGAAAUGUGAAAGUCAUACACAUUCAUCAUUACCAGAACAAUUACAGUUGCUGUGUGAAGCAAAUCGAAUGAGAAAAUGUAAAUUUCUGUAGCCGUUCACCUCUAAGUGUAUCUGAGAAGCAUGUAACAACUUCUAGUGCUUUACACCUGUGCCUUCCCCCUUAGGCCCAGGGUCACAGUUUGUGUUGUACAGUACCAUGUUAAUUAUCAUAAGGGGUGCUGUCCAGUAAAAAAACUGUGUCUGUUUGACCCGGCGAUAAUGUCCUGUGUACAAGUACAUGUAGUUGGUAUCUGGUGAAUGGUACCUGAUAAUCAUUUUUAAGCUGUAACAGAAUUUGCGUUGAGGCUCCAUUACAGUGUCAUCUAAAAUUUGCCAUGCUGGUGCUGUUAUAUUGAGUGCAUCUUGCCGUAACAACAUAGAGCACUGCAGAUGUACAUGUUUAGUCAUUUCUAUCUCCUGUAGUUGGCGUCUUUCGUUUGUUGGCCUUCGGUUAUUUGUUCUGGAGUGUAGAGUCGGUUUUUAGUUACACAUGUAUAUAGGGAAUUUAGAAGAUUCCUUACUAACUUAUUAGAAAUGAGAGCCUGAAAUAUGGCCAUUUACCAGAAGUUGUUUGUCAAUCAACAGGAAAAAACAAUUUAGCUACCGAGAUACUUCUAUUUUUGGAAACUGUGUUAUGUAGACGACUAGAAAAUCUUACAUUAACUAACAUUUAAGAGUUAUUUGCAUGUAGGAUUUUUUGUCCCACAGGUUUUUAAAAGGUAUUUAUCAUUGAUGCUGUACUUCAUAGAGUAUAUUUGUUACAAAGAGGUUUAUCGAAAGUACUAGUGAGCUCAAAGUUUUAUCAAGAUGGUGUGCAAAUAAAUGUGUUUAGGCCUGUGCAAA